UUUGUGUUUUUAAGCGUUUACAUGAAUGCAACCCAUUUAAGCAUUUUUAUAGACUUUGUAAGCGAUGCUGUUGAAUGCGGCAUUGUAAUGCUUAAAGGUUUUCUGUGGGUAAAACAUAUUCGCAUGAUAGUAACAGAAAAGAGAACGUGGUGAUUUAUAAAGAUGGCAUUUAUUAAACAGGAGAGUGAAGACAUCAAGAUUGAAGAAGUAUUCAGUCUGAAAUUUGAAGAUCCUGAGGACGACGAUAUAGACCUGAUGGAGCUGAUGGAGGAGAGUAAAGAACGGUAUAAGAAUAAUGAUUCCAGUACUGAAGAAAAAUCUUUUAGUUGUUCACAGACUGAAAACUCUCGAUUUAGAAAACGUGUCAUCUGCCCAGAGUGUGGAAAGUAUUACAGUCAUCAAGCAAACCUUAAAGUCCACAUGAGGGUCCACAUGAGGGUUCCCACUGGAGAGAGGCCUAUCACCUGCCAACAGUGUGGAAUCACUGGUUUCACUGAACAAGGAAGCUUUGAAAGACACAUGAGCGUUCAUGCCACAGAGAAACCUUACAGCUGUGACCUGUGUGGAAAGAACUUCACAGAACAAAUAAGCCUUGACUGCCACAUGAACAGUCACACUGGCGACAGGCCGUUUUCAUGUGAUCAGUGUGGAAAGCGCUUCAAAAAUAAGGAAAACAUUACUAAUCACAUGAAGACUCAUUCAAAAGAGGAGCAUUUUAUAUGUCGUCAGUGUGGAGUGAAUUUCACAGACCCAGAUCUCCUUAGGAGUCACGUAAAAACUCACGCUGGAGAGAAGCCGAACAUGUGCCAAUACUGUGGAAAGACCUUCACAAACAAAAGAUCCCUCAAGGGUCACAUGAUUAUUCACACUGGAGAGAAGCUUUUCUCCUGCCUUGAGUGUGGACAGAGUUUCAAAUUAAAGAAAAACCUUCAGAUUCACAUAAAUGUGAAGAAACAUCAAAGUUAAAGGCCUUUCACCUCCACAUUAAGUGGAAAGAGUUGCAAACCUUACGUCACAAGAUGCUUCACACUGGAGAGAAAUCUUAAAUGUGAAUCCAGUGUGAAAUGUUUCACAUAUCCAAAACCUGAAAGAUCAUAUACAAACUCAUUCUGUGACAUUCCCAGGUUCCUCAGUGUGAUGAGGUUUCCAAACACCAAAUUCUUGGUGAUGGAAUUGGCUGAAAUCAUUGCCUGAAGGAGUGACAUUUCUUCCUCUUUGCAGGUUUCCUGUUUGUUGGGUUUGUUGUUUUAUUUUGAAAUUAAAGUAUUAAGAGCUGCAUCCAGAUCCAAGUCUCCUCUUCCUCAUCUACCUGAUCAUGUCUCUUCUUCAUUGGCACAUUUUGACGAGAAAGUGGUGAUUAUAAAGAUGGCGUUUAUUAAACAGGAGAGCGAAGACAUCAAGAUUGAAGAAGUAUUCAGUCUGAAAUGUGAAGAUCCUGAUGACGACGAUAUAGACCUGAUGGCGCUGAUGGAGGAGAGUAAAGAACGUUAUAAGAAUAAUGAUUCCAGUACUGGAGAAAAGUCUUUUAGUUGUUCACAGACUGAAAAGUCUCGAGUUCAUGAUCGUGCCAUGUGCCUCGAGUGUGGAAAGUGUUUCAGUCAUCAAGGAAACCUUAAAGUCCACAUGAGGAGUCACACUGAAGAGAGGCCUUUCACCUGCCAACAGUGUGGAAUCAGUUUCACUGAACAAGAAAGUUUUGAAAGACACAUGAGAGUUCACAGCGGAGAGAAGCCUUACACCUGCAAACUGUGUGGAAAAAGCUACACAGCGCAAAUAAGCCUUGAUUGUCACAUGAACACUCACACCGGUGACAGGCCGUUUUCAUGUGAUCAGUGUGGAAAGCGCUUCAGACAUAGAGCAGCCAUUAAUAAUCACAUGAAGAUUCAUUCAAGAGAGGAGCGUUUUAUAUGUCGUCAGUGUGGAGUGAAUUUCACAGACUCAAAUGACCUUAGGAUUCACGUAAAAGCUCACGCCGGAGAGAAGCCGAACAUGUGCCAUCACUGUGGAAAGACUUUCACAAACAAAAGAACCCUCAAGGAUCACAUGAUAAUUCACACUGGAGAAAAGCUUUUCUCCUGCCCCGAGUGUGGACAGUGUUUCAAAUCUAAAAAAACCCUUCAGACUCACAUGAGAGUUCACAGUGAAGAAACGACUUUCACCUGCCCAAUAUGUGGAAAGGGUUGCAAACUUAAAGGAGACCUUAACAGUCACAUGAGGCUUCACACUGGAGAGGGACCUCGAAUGUGAAUCAUUUGCAAACUCGUUCUGUAACAUUAUCAGGUUCCUCUAUGUAACGAAGUUUCCAAACACCAAAUUUUGUGUUACUGAUAGAGUGACAUUUCUUCCUCUUUGUGGGUUUACUGUUUUGUUUUGAAAUUAAAGUAUUAAGAGCUGCA